AUGAUUCCCCACUUAGCGACUUUCUGCCCAUUUUCUCGUUUCACUCAGUUACUGACAGUUGGCCUUUUGCAAGGAGAAAAAGUGUCUAGAAGCUUCUAUGUGGAGUCACGCAGGCCAAAGGCACGAGUUGCAGAUAAGAACGCUCAUCAUCUUGUUGAAUGUUUCGAUGAUUUUCAUAGUAUCAGAUGGACGCUCUCCGCCAAGUACACAUUUGCUUUGCUUGUAUUCGACAACCCAGAUUUGACGGAAAUAGCAUUCAAAGAGAAACUAAGAUAUGAUAAAUCAAGUGUCUUAAUAAGAGCGAACCCGAAACUCACCAAUGUAAAAGGCGUAAAGAUUGAUUAUGGUGGUCCUACAGAUUGCACCAUCAGUACGUCGAAAUCUGUUCGCAACUGCAAAGUAGUAGUUGGAGAUGUUGGAAUGGAGCAUCUAUCUUCCAAAGCUUUUGAAAAUGUAGAAGAAGUAAUUGGAACAAUUCGCGUCGAGCAUUCGAACGUUCCUUACCUAAACGCGCUAGACAGCCUCAAACUCGUUGGCUGGAAAAAACCCGCACUCAAAAUCUUAUACAAUAAACGACUUGUUGACAUAAGCUCUUUACUAACAAUGGAUAUACAAUCUAAAGCUCCGGCAAUCGAAAUCAGGGGCAACCCAAAUAUUUGCCAUAAUAUAGUGGAAAGGAAUAAAAUCAAAGAAUGGUUAACAAAAAAAGGAAGCUCUGUUAAAUUUAGUGAUCGAUGUCUGAAAUCGUGCCCUGGUGGGACAGUAACAGGUGGCUAUUUAGCAGGAAUCGAAAAACACUGUAAUACUAUAGCAGGAAAUUUGAUCGUCGACGGUUUGAAAAAGAUUCCGGACAGCAUUGUAAAACUGGAACAAGUGGAGAAGAUCGACGGUCGCGUGUUCGUCACUAACAACGAAGCACUCAGAAAACUACAUUUUCUCAAGAAUGUCGUAAAAAUCAGCGGUGCUCACGCUCAGUCUGGCUCAAAAGGGAAGUCUAAGCUUUCUAUUCAUAGUAUGAAGGCGCGAGAUAGACGCCGCUUAAUAAUACAAGGAAACCCGAACUUGGCUGAAAUACAAUUUAACGAACAACUGCAUCUUGGAACUUAUGAAGCUUUUAUAAAGUUGAACCCAAAGUUAAAGGCUGUCUAUGUCAAAGGAGCAAGUUUUCGCUUUGACCUUGGAGAUGCAAGAGACUGCCUCGCAAGUUCUGCGAAGAACAGUUAUUGCAGAACAGUGAUUGGAGAUGUUCGGUAUGAUGAGUUAGACUCUAAAGUUUGGAAACGAAUUGAAAAAGUUGAUGGGCGCGUACUUAUUACAAACACAAAGCUAAGAGAUCUGGACUCUCUCAGAGACCUAAAAAUCACUUCAUAUAUAUCACCAGCUUUGACCAUAGAAGACAACGAAAAGCUUGUCGACAUCAGUGCCUUGCUGACCAUGGACAUUGCUUCGUACCCACCAGUCAUAAGCAUUUCCAACAAUCCUCGCAUAUGUCACAAUAUUGCGGAGAGGAAGCAACUAGAAGCACGUUUGCGGAAAUGGAACGCUCGCGUGAAAUUUGUUGAAGACUGCUUGUUAUCAUGUCCUGGAGGAAAGGUGUCGAGAAGUUAUCUUGAAAGCUUCGAUAAACGCUGCAACGUUGUCAAGGGGAAUCUAGUCAUUAGCGGACUUUACAAAUUACCUACGAACAUCGACAAACUUGAACAAGUGGAAAAAAUCGACGGACGGUUGAUCGUUACCAACAAUCGCGCCGUGAAAGAUUUAUCGUUUUUGAAAAAUCUCAGAGAGAUCAAUAACCCCGAGCUAGACAAACCUGGCCUUGUGGUCAAGAAUAAUAGAAAUUUCAAAAACAAGGGUCUAGAUUCAUUAAUAAAGGUUACUGGAGGUGAAGGGAAGAUUACUGCUGCCCAGACAACUCGCCGCUUAGUUUCCACCGCGAGAAAAGCGAAAAGAAAAUCUACGUCUCUUUCGACAAAGGAGACAACUGCAACUGUCACAACAAGAAAAGUACUUCCUGUAAUCAGAAGCCGCCAACCGCCGGAAAAAUCAAAAGACUCAAAUAAGAAAGGAAACCCAGAACCUGAUUCCACAGAUGCUUCAAUGCCAAUACUGAGGAAUGUCAAGCUCAAGAAGAAUAAAGAAAAAAUGCAAAAACUAGCAGAACAAAAGGGACCUGCAGCUAACGAAGGAUUGUUUUGGCUAGCAAUCCACACUAAGAGAAGUGGCUAUCGGAGUUUGGAAAAAUAGAAUUAAGUCAAACAAAUAUUUUUACUACAUUAUGACAAACAAUGAAUAAAAAAU